GCUUGGGAGCUGGUGGCAACAGACACGCUGGAGAGCCGGCUGGAGGGGAGGCAGCGUCCCUGAGCGGACAUCGAGGGCCUGGUGGCCCGAGCCCCAUCACGAUGACCAGCUGCCCGGCGGUCCCUGGCUGCUGUUCCCGGGUGCUCGGGGUGCUCCUGCUGCUGGCCGCCUCACUGAACACUCAGAGCGGAAGUCGGGAUGACCCCGUGUGCACCGAGGGCGUGGUCUCCGUGGCCAGGGGUCAGCGCGCGGUGAUGACCUGCAACCUCUCCAACCCAAUCACCCACAUCACCAUCCAGCUGAGCACCCAUGGGGUGAACAGGACCGUCUUCAGUGAGGACACCCCUGGGCACUUCUCCCGGGGCGAGUGGCAGCUCCAGGUCCAGGGGGGCCAGGCCCAGCUGGUGGUCAGGGCCGCCCAGGACAACCACGCCGGGCUGUACCUGUGGCAUUUGUAUGGACACCAGAGAAACAGCAGAGUCAUCAUACUACAUGUUACAGGGCGCAUUCCAAGAACCGAUGUCUGGAGCUCGGGACCCCUAAGCCAGUCCCUCCAGCCCACGAUGCCCACCCGACACCAGGCCACACCCAGCCGCGUAGCCAGGGUGCUGGGGGUCCUCCUGAUCCUGGACGCAGCCAGGAGUGCACAGAACGAACGCUGGGACGACCCCGUGUGCACCGAGGGCGUGGUCUCCGUGUCCAGGGGUCAGCGCGCCGUGAUGACCUGCAACAUCUCCAACCCCUUCACCCGCAUCGCCGUCAGCCUGAGCGCCCCCGGGGCCGACGGGACCCUCUUCCGCGUGGAGCCCUCCGCAGGCCGCUCCCGCGUCUCCCGGGACGGCUGGCAGCUCCUGGUCCAGGGGGGCCGGGCCCAGCUGGUGGUGGAGUCCGCGCAGGACCGCCACGCCGGGCUGUACUCCUGGCGUCUGCGUGGACACCAGACGAACCUCAGACAGGUCUACCUGAACGUGUCGUGGACGGACGGGACUGGAGAGCCCCAAGACCCGCAGCUGGCUGCAGGCCUAGGACUGGCCCUGUCCUCCAGGGUCCGCCCGGAGGCACCCACCUGGCCCAGGUCCCGGGGAGGGGCGCUGGCCUCCGUCCUCAUGCUGGGCAUCACCGGGCUCUGCCUCCUCUCAUGGUACAGGACCUGCCAUUCCCGGAAGUGCCAGCAGGUACCCUCUGGCGACGGGCGUGCAUCCCGCGCUGACUGGAGGUGGACAUGCGGUGCCAUUGUGUGUGGACGCUGAGUUUUCUGAAAUACAGUGGUUCUGUGAGUCC